ACCAAGAUGUUAGCAUUUCAAUAUUUCAUAGUUUAAUUUGUGUGUGUCGUUCCCAAAGCUCCCUUUCUUUUCAUGGAGGUACUCAUUCGUCUUGUUGCUCAUCCAAAAUAUAUUUCUUCGAGACAGAAGUGGGCAGAGUCUGAGUGAGCUGGAACAGGGGUCUCUGUUUUUUUGCCUCUUGUCCCAUGCGAGUCAUUUUUUAAAAAGCUGUACUUUAGAUCCCGCCUCCCUAAUUAGUCCUUGCUUUUUCCCUUGUUCGGUAUGCUGUUUCACUGCCUCUUUGGUCCCUUUCUCAUGACCCACUGUUCCAUUAUAUGACCCCUUUCGAGUCUAAUGCGACAACACACAAAGAGUCAAGGCCCUUCACACACACUCUCCCAACCACCACACCCACCUUCCUUCCUUCAUAUCCUCUGCCUCUGCCAUGGAUCUCCCCAACCACAAAUACUUUCGACCUUCUCCUCUUCUGUCAUCUUCAAAUGGGGAAUUGGAGGGCAAGAUCGACUUGUUUGGGAGGAGCAAAGAAAACCCAUUUCCAGACCCACUUUGCAAGCUCAAUCUCAGAGAGACCUCUGAGUUUGUCAAGUCAUUUCCAAUGUCGAAUGGUGGAAGCACAGAGAGCAGGGGCUGUAUUCUUCAGGGUUCGACUCAGAGAGGGAGAGAAGAAGGCUCUAACUCGGUCACAAACAGGAGAUUGGAGACUCCUUCAACUCCUGGUAGACCUGUUUUCUGCUUUACGAGUGUUGGAAAUCUCUCGAGGAAGAACUUUCCUUCGAAAUGGGAUGAUGCAGAGAAAUGGCUCAUAAGUAGCUCUUGCCAUGACUCUCCUGCUCAUACUGUGAAGGUAUCAGAAAAUUCAAAGGUUAGCAGCCAAUGUGAUAACUUUAAGAAACAAAUGGAGGAUCUCUCGGAGAAAUCGAGGGUUACGGAGGAAAGGGCAUCGAACACUGUCCCAAGCUUUCAAGGGUCCGUGUCUUUGGACCACCAUAACUCAGACAUGGUUCUAAAAGACAAGUUCACAGACAAUCCAGACCCUAUUCUGCCUAAAUUCAGAUAUUCAGAACCAACCAAGACGUUUCUUUUCAGAAACCCUGGUGGUGAGGCAAUGAAAGAUGCUUGCACGGAAAUGGUUCAUGAGGUUCAACACAGAGAUGUUGGGACAGAGAUGACUCCUCUUGGAAGUUCAACCACUUCAAGGUGCCACACACCCUUCAAGAGCUCAUCCCCUGCUCGCCAUAAUACUCCAGCUAGCAGGUCAGGACCAUUGGUCCUAGCAAACCAAAACGACACUGGCUGUACUAUUGAUGUUAUUCAGCUCGAGGAGUGCCAUUUCGCUAAACUGCAAUUAGGAACACAGUAUGGUUCAGUCACAUCAAAUUGGAGCUCGAGGGAGGAGGAGGAGGAGGAGAUAUCAAAGAGCUUGAGACAUAGCACCAGCCAGAAAGCUGAUAUAGACUGCAGAGCUGCUACAUGGGAAGAAGAGGAAAAGACCAAGUGUUGCCUCAGGUAUCAGAGAGAAGAAGCAAAAAUCCAAGCUUGGGUUAAUCUCCAAAGUGCAAAAGCAGAAGCUCAAUCAAGAAAGCUUGAGGUGAAAAUACAGAAGAUGAAAUCAAACCUGGAAGAGAAAUUGAUGAAGAGGAUGGCAGCGGUUCACAGAAAAGCCGAGGAAUGGAGAGAAGCUGCGAAACAACAGCACCUGGAUCAGAUCCAGAAGGCGACGGAACAAGCUCACAAGAUGAUGAACCGCCAUAACCCUCAUUUCUCAAAUCACCGAUCCUGUGGUUGCUUCCCCUGCAAUAAUAACACCCAUUGCUAACACCAAAUCUCUAUAUUUUGAUUCUCUUCCUGAAAUUCCAGAUUAGCUUUUUGGUCGUCA